AUGGUGCACCCCGACAUAUUUCUCAAAGAUGUUUCGGCCAAGGUGAAUGAUGAUGCUAAACCGAAUGAGGUGAAUGAUGAUUCUAAAAUAAUUGUUGUCGAGAUAGAUAUGGAACAACAAUUUUCAAAUGAUCAAGUUUUCAAUGCUCGUCAACAUAUGCUUGACUGGGUCCGAAUGGAAGCUAGCAAACUCGGGUUUGUGAUUGGAAGGUCCGACAAUGACACUAGUAGAAGGCAAGAAUUUGUAACGAUGAUAUGCGAGAGAGGUGAAAAAUAUGUUUCAAAAGUUUGGAAGUUAAAACAUGAUGACACCGGAUCGAGAAAAUGUGAGCGUCAGUAUAAAUUGCGCAGAUCAUGUAAGGUGGAUGAUAUGUGGCGGUUUAGUGUCAUUUGUGGUAAACAUAAUCAUGUAUUGGACACCAAGCUACAUAUAUAA